CGCCUUUACCCUCAACAUGGCCAACGAGAGCAAGCUCUUGAUGGCAGGAGGAACAAGAACAGCUUUAUUGCUAGGAGCAGGCGCUUUAGGGCUCGCUAUAUACUACUACAUGAAGAGAAAGAAGCAACGCAAUGUCGCCAAACCUUCAAAGAAGAAGCACAACGCUCCUAGCCUUAACGCAGCCUUCCUCAAACAGCUUCUCAAAUUACUCCAAAUUUCCAUCCCCGGGCUAUGGACGACAGAGUUCGGCCUACUAGUAGCUCACACGCUCUCCCUCGUCUCGAGGACCUUCCUCUCUAUAUACGUGGCUCAGCUAGACGGUCGAUUGGUCAAGUCGAUAGUAGAGGGUAACGUACCGCGGUUCCUCACACUCAUAGUCAACUGGAUACUGGUCGCCAUACCGGCCACUUUUGUGAACAGCCUCAUACGUUAUCUCGAAUGCAAGCUAGCGCUGAGCAUACGAACUCGUUUAACCAGUCACGCUUACUCGUUGUAUUUUCGUAACCAGACCUACUACAGGGUGAGUAAUUUGGACGGUCGUCUCUCGAAUCCCGACCACUCCCUUACCGAAGACCUCCAAGCGUUCUCCUCCUCCCUCACUCACAUUUACUCUCACGUCAGCAAACCGAUUCUUGAUGUUCUACUAAUGGUAGGGGCUCUGGUUCGUAUGGCUAAAAAGAGAGGACAGAAUUCUAACCAACCGUCGAUCAUUGCUUUGUCUACCAUUGGUCUUACGGCGACCAUUUUGAAGCUGACAUCUCCGCAGUUUGGCAAGCUGGUUGCAGAAGAGGCGAGAAGGAACGGGUUUUUGAGAUAUCUCCACUCUCGUGUUAUCACUAACUCCGAAGAAAUAGCUUUCUAUGCAGGGCACAGAAUUGAGCACAACCUAUUGUGGAGGAACUUCAAGUCACUGACUCAACAAAUGAAUUUGAUCUUUCAGAAGAAGCUUUGGUACAUAAUGCUUGAGCAGUUUCUAAUGAAAUACGUCUGGGGACUAGCAGGUCUAGUCAUUGUAGCUUGGCCUAUACUGACCAAGAAUGAACCACAAGAGGGUGAGGAUGAUCCUCAUGAAGAUAUAUCAGUUAGUGAGAGAACAAGAUUGUACACAACUUCAAAAAAUCUACUAAUGAAUGGGGCAGACGCCAUUGAGAGAUUAAUGACCUCUUAUAAAGAGAUAACAGAGCUGGCUGGGUAUACUUCUCGGGUUAGUGAGAUGCUUGGGGUAUUUGAAGAGGCUCAGAGAGGAGUACUGAAACCAGCUGGAACUGUCAGCGUAUCAAACUCAUUAGAACCAACUGCAAAUGGAUCCCCUAGAAGUUUUAUAACAUCAUUCAAUUCAGGUACAGUAUAUGAUAGUGAUGAGCUCAUAAUACUGGAGGACGUCCCUAUAAUUACUCCUAAUAAAGAUGUAGUUGUUUCCAAACUGUCCUUCAAAGUUGAGCCUGGCAUGCACCUGUUAAUAACCGGUCCCAAUGGGUGUGGCAAGAGCUCUUUAUUUAGAAUAUUGAGUGGAUUGUGGCCAGUUUAUGGAGGUGUUCUUACUAAGCCACACCCAUCAACAAUGUUCUACAUACCACAGAGACCUUAUAUGUCACUUGGUACGUUAAGAGAUCAAGUGAUUUAUCCGGACACAAAUGAGGACAUGUCUAAUAAAGGAUAUACUGACCAAGACCUUGAGAAUAUACUGAACAUUGUACAUCUACACUACAUUGUGAAGAGAGAGGGAGGUUGGGAUGCAGAAGGAGAUUGGAAAGAUGUCCUCUCUGGUGGAGAGAAGCAAAGGAUGGGAAUGGCCAGGCUCUUCUAUCACAAACCCAAGUUUGCCCUCCUAGAUGAGUGUACCAGUGCAGUGAGCAUCGACGUCGAGGGGGCGAUAUUUCAAACUGCAAAAGAUAAUAAUAUUACACUCUUGACAAUAUCACACAGGCCAUCUCUAUGGCGUUUUCAUUCUCAUAUGUUGCAGUUUGAUGGUGAAGGUGGUUGGAGGAUGGAGGAGUUGGACACGGCAACAAGACUCUCUCUAAAUGAAGAGAAGCAGCGACUGGAAGCUCAGCUAGCAGGGAUACCAGAAAUGCAAGCAAGACUUAAGCAGCUCUGCGGAAUUUUAGGUGAAGCUUCUGUGCAGUUGGAGAAAAAUGAGGAAGAUAAUUAGGGUUCAUUUUAAAACACUAUUUAUGAUAGUAAUUAACUAUUUUAAUUAACUAUUUUUAAUA